UGUCUCUCUAAAUAAUAAACAGAUCAAAAUGGACAACGGGUUCUGUAGUUGUGGAUAACGAACUUACUAAUUUUGGAUAUUGAAUCUAGUUCAUUAUCUUUGUGCCGUGACCAACCUUUAAAACAUGACCUUCAGUUUGGGUAGCUUUAUUCACGCUAAAAUACUCUGAUGGCGUUUCUUAUUUACGAACAUUUAAAUCGUGUCCCAUCCAAAAAAAUUAAAUUUUCGGGGACCUGCACAACUAUUCCUAUCAUUAUUGACAAUGGUUAGUAUCAAAGCCAUAUUCUAAUAUAAAACGUACGUUUCCUACGUAGGAAAUUAUGAAUGUCGUGCCGGUUAUUCACAUCUUGAAGAACCCCAUAUAACUUUCCCAAACGUAGUGUACCGUCCACGAAUGUCGAAAGGUGUUCUUGUCGGGAACGAUAUUCAAGACCUUGAUUCUGUACGUCAUAGUCUAAAGUCUCCGUUCGUGGACAAUCUUGUCGUUAAUUUAGAUGUACAAGAACAGGUAAUAAGCCACGUCUUUGGCAAGCUCAAUGUUCAAGAACCGCUUGCUAAUCCUGUUGUUAUCAAUGAAGUAUUAUGCAAUCCCGGAGUAUGUAGAUCCCGCAAGUUAUUAUUUAUUCCUUAAUUUACGCAGAGCUAACUGAGCUACUGUUUGAAACUUACAACGUCCCAAAGCUAAUGUUCUACGUAGACUGUCUUGCCUCCUACUAUAACUUUCAACGUUCUGAAAAUACCGGUAAACUGAAUGCAACUUUUUCUGUUCCCCCUGUUUAACAUUUUUUAUUUAUUUAGUGGUUCAAAAGAAUUGGGGGUUUGCACCUUCAUUUUAAAAUGGUAUCAAUCACUUGGCGGUCCUUGGUUUUGGGGCGAAUUUCCAAUAUCCUUUUUGACUCGUGACAUUACUACUAACCAUCGUUUCUUUCUACAGUUCUUUAUAAUAAUCCUUCUCAGAUUAAGAUAUUGGAUCAAGAUCGAAAAUUUUGUACUUCCCUAUAUAGUUCGGACAAAUUUCCUUUGACCUGAUCUCACAAUCCACUCUAUUCACUGUAAAGUUUUCGUUAAUUCUCUAGUAGUUAAUACUCACUGGAGCAGUUUAUGACUCGGAAUUUUUACCACGUGCUUUCGCCAUUUAUUUUCGUGCUGUCCCACAAAUUUAAUUCUGUUUUAUUAGCUGGAUGAGUCCGCCACUCAGACGAUUCUUUGCAAAUGUCUUUAACAAAUUGCCUGUAAUCUUUUUGUACCUCCAUUUGGUGUCUACUUCAGAACGCCGAAACCGAACAAUAUACUUGUCCUUUGGUAGAAAUUUGAUCAUUUUGCCUAGGCCUUCAUUCGUAGCGAUCAAAUGUUAAACAAGUUCUAUGUAUUCACACUGAAUUUUGCGUGUUAUCAGCUGAUUAGUUUCAAUCCGAUCCCUAUAUGUUAAGUGAUAGACGUAUGUAAUGGUCUUACCUAUAUUUAGAAUAGGCAUCUGUGCAAACAAAUCCUGAUGUUUCAUUACCCGGUCAACAGUUAUUCAAGAUGCUAAGAUAGCUCCAUAACUUAUACUAAUCAGUGAGAUUUUUAUCCGUCGUCACUAUCUCCUGUUGAACUUAGUUCAUAAAAAUUAAGCACUUUCCAUGUUUUUAUGACUUCGUUUUGCCAUCAUAUUAGGAAAAACUUGAACUUAUUUGGUAGAUUAUAGGACUGUUUUUUAUUCACUGGUCAGAUGUAUGUUUCUCACUUCUAAUUAAGUACUUGAGAUUCAUAAACCAUCUUUUCUUCAUUUAUUUAGAUCCAAAUGCUAACUGUCUCCUUAUAUCUUUUGGGUAUCAGAGAACUCAUAUCGUCCCCAUUAUCGCAUUCCGUAAUACAGAUACACCGUUAGUUCUUAAUCCUUUGAUACAAGCCGCUCGUCGUCUCCACACAGGAGGUGCUCAUGCGAGCUGGAUGAUCCAGCGUUUGCUCCAGUUAAAAUAUCCUUCUCAUUCAGAACGUAUUACUGCAGGACUAGCUGAGCGAUUGGCUCAUUCUUACUGUUGGCUAGCUUCCAAUUAUAGACAAGAAAUGGUUGAAUGGAAGUCUGAUGAAUUUCGUCGAAGUCAUACUGUCAAAGUGCAACUUCCAUUUACUAAGCCAUCAACCGAAGACUUGAAGGCACUGGCUGAUCGUAAACGUGCUCAAACUGAACGCUUAUUGAGUGUGCAUCGGAAACGUCAACAAAAACAAUUUGAAUCAACUCAACAGCGGUUAGAUAAUCUUACUAAGGUAGAAAAUUUGAUGAAACAAGGCGAUUCUCCUAUUGUAAAGCAAAUUCUUUCCAACUUAGGUUUGUCAAAUGCGACAGAUUUAAGUCAUGAAAUUAACGCAUGUCAUAAAAUUAUGGAAAAGCUACAAAUUCAACUUAACCCUAGUAAAAUCGAGUCUACGUCAUCUAUAGAAAAGAUUGAAGCGAAUAGUUAUGGUAAUGAUAAUCAAAAUGGUAAUGAUGAAAAAGAAUCGAUCUGUUUUGAUUCUGUUGAUGAAAGUCAAGAAGAUGGGAAAUUUAAAUCGUCUUAUUCAUAUUUAUUAGAAAUGAUGAAUGCUGUUUACACAAAUUCAUUUAAUACGGUAACUAACGAAUUAACUGGUCGAUAUAAACGUGCUGCUGAAUUAUUAAUCUCGCAAUCAUUACCGUCUGCUGUACAAACACAAAUGUCUCUGAAUACAAGUUCAAGUGACUGUAAGUUCACUGAGGCUAAACUUCGUCAUCGCAUCGAAAUGGCACGAGAAAUCGAAUUUAUAAAUGGUGAAGAUUUUUGUCUGUGGUUAAACUCACUAAGAGAUCGUCGGGUGUAUGUAUCGAAGAAACGAGCUCAACGUCAAAGUCGCGUAGACUUAGCAACACAGAUAGGCCUUCAUACAAAUGACCAGUUUGAUAUUGGAUCUGAUCCGGAUAAUUUUACUAUUCAGUCUAGAUCUACACUUGGUACACAACCAGGUAUUUCCGCUAAUAAUUCUGGACGUAAUGGAUUGAGCAGUGAUUCUACAAAUCCUGGAAUAUAUAGGCCUGAUGAUGAUAAAUAUGAUGAUUCCAAAAAAGUUUUAACAGAACGUCGUCGUAUGCAGCUGGAAAAAAUACGUGCUAUGGCAGCUGAAUUAAAACCAUCAAGAGGUCGUUCUCGAGGAAAUGGACGCGGUAUUCGCCCGGGUGCUGCAUCUCGGGGAUCUUUGAAACCACGUGGCCGUUGUCGAAGUUUACGUACUGAGAAUGAUAGUCGUGUUUCUCCUCUGGAAACAAAUGCUGUUGCUUAUGAGAACGACACAUUAGACGAUGAAAAUUCUGAUUUAUUGGUUUUUGACGAGUCAGUGGAAAUGGAACAGAUUAACUCUUCAAAUAGUUUAAAUCGUCUAUGGGAUCCUGAUGCUGAUGAAAAUACAAACGAAGAUUCCAGUCUAUCCAUUGUCACAAAAAAGACUAACGUGAUAUCUGAUUAUCGUACUGAUAAUACAGGUGAUGAAAGUGAAAAUGAACGAGAUCAGUUGGCAGUUAUUGACAGUCUAUUGGCACUUUACGACCCAGAAGCUUCAAAAGACUUGGGAGUUACAGAUUUAAGAGUUGAUUUAGAUCAGUUUUAUCAAAUUCACGUUGAUACAGAACUAAUGCGAUCUCAUGAAGUUUUAUUUCAGCCAAGUUUUAUGGGUAGUUCAGAAGCUGGUCUCUCCGACUGUUUAGAGUUUGUACUGCGAGAUACAUCUCGUCUACUUGAUAGUUCAUCAGAGCCAAACUUUCCUCAAAGAAUAUAUCUAACCGGUGGUGUUGCUGCUAUACCUGGUCUUGUCGACCGAAUUCGAUGCGAUAUCAGGCCUUUAUUACCUGUUGGAUCAAAAUGGGAUAAUAUUGAAGUUAUUGUAGCCGCUAAUCCUCAUUUGGAUGCAUGGCAUGGAGCUCGUCAUUUCGCGAACUCAUCAUAUGCUGAACAGUACUACACAACUAAACAAAUGUAUGAAGAAUAUGGUCCAUAUUAUUUUAAAGAUCAUCCUUUAGGUAAUCGUUAUUGGAUCAAUACAAACUGAAGUAUUUAACAUUGGAAACCGAUUGAUUCCUUGUAGAUAAAAUAUCAGUGUACCACUAACUAUAUUCUUUGUUGCUUCCAUAUAUUAAAUGUAAUUAAUUCUCAAUAAGCACCACUAUCCCAUCUGAAUAAUUUAUGUAUUCUACCAUAUAAAUAAGUUUCAUAGAUAUAAUUCCGAUCGCAUUUUUUCCAUUCCAUGGUAUUUUCACAAUCUCAUCUAAUUAAAAAUAAAAUCUUUGUUUCUAUACUGUUUAAGUGAAUUGUCAAGUAUUGCUUAGUUCCCGUUUCUGUCUAUUCAAUAAACAUAAAUGCGGACUGACUGACCAUAAAGAGGGAUUUCGUAAACGCAGCAAACCUCAUUCUAUUAUUGAUUGUCGAAAAGGAUCGAUUGUUUUCAUGUAUUGUCGAAAUCCAACCCCCAAUGUUUGCGCAGGUUGAAUGCUAAAACAAGCGUUCUCCAAGUUUCUAAUUUUAGUUGGAAUGAUUUUUAAUACUUACUGACACAACCUGCUUUUGUAUUGUAUCUCAUAUGAAAGUUAUUCUCAUACAAUCAUGUAGGGACUUUCAACAUAACCAACAAAUUAUUCCAAAAAUAUACUGUUUUAAUUUACA